CCCCCAUCUAGCCGGGCACAUGGACACAUAUGUGUCGGGUUCCUGAGAACUCCCCAUCAACCUGUUUCCAUCUUGUAGACCCUCAUCCAGUCAUCUGUCCUUUGGUCUUCUUCAACUUCUUUCUGCAUUGGCUCGUGGACCGUUCGUUGCCCACCAUAUGUCCGCAUCAUGAAGCUUUCCCUCGUCUUUACCCUUUCCUACCUCAUCACGGCCACCUGGGCCGGAGGGUACCAGAACUGCCUCGAGAGAGUUUGGCUCUUCGAGUCCUUCCUCAUCGAUCAGCGGAACCCCGAGGCAGAUCGGCAGAUCGGCUACCAGUGCAACAACUGGAGGCAGAACAGGUGCAUCGGCUCCUGGAUUCCCUGCCGAGGAAGACAGGGCCGCGCGCAAUGCAGCUUUGAAGACUUCCAGCAAUUCCUGGGCAACACGCCGCCGAAUUUGGCGACUCAGGCGGCCUACAGGACCGACGGCUCUCUGGACAACCAGCGGACGGCCGUGAAUUGCAUCUGGGCCUGGAGAGACAGGAACGUGGCGCCUUAUAACUUCAAGGGGUACAAGGGGGUCAAGUACGGGCGCAACAACCACAACGACUUCAUCUACCGCAUCGGCCAGAUCAACAACGACAACUACAACAAGCCGGCCGUGAGAGCGGCCGCCGGUGACGCCGCCUUCAGCCGGGUGGACGACACGCUCACCAAGAUCUCCCAGGCCCGCGUCGCAGACCACGGCCGCCACCUGAUCCCGGCGGCCCGGAACGGCCUAAACGGCGUCACUAUUGUCGAGAAGGACAUGGGCGCAAGCCCCUUCUACCGCCCCACCUGGACGCCGCCGCCGGGAGUCGACCCGGACACGCCGCAGUGGAGAACGGUCGACUGGGAGGCCACCAUCAGAAACUCGGCCGACCCGGCAGCGACCCGCACUCGGGUACGCGGCUGGCUGGACACCUACUAUCGCGGGAACACGGCCAAUCGCAACGCUAGAGAUCACUGGCAGGUGCUUAGGUCAUACAAGACCAUCAAAGACCGGACGAACCGUUGCCGGAAGCACUGAUCAACCAACGGUCACUUUCCUUGAUGUUUAAGGAUAGUCCAACGGAUUUACCAAGAGAUUUACCAAGAGGAAAGAUGGGUGGAGGGGGGGCAGGAGACAUUUUAUCUUUUCUAGAGGUGGUCACAAUUUAUAUGCUUUCCUACGACCGCCCCAUGGAAGUCAUCGUUCAGAGGGAUUUACAAGUGAUUUCUUCAGUACCUACCCAGGUAACUUGGAACCAUGCUUUUGAUUUAUCUAUAUUUACCACAUCUUUUCAAAUCGAUGUCUUCAAGCUUAUGAAGC